CAGGGGUUGGCAUUUCUACCCUCGGUCUAUUCCAGACAGAGCAUCUCUUGGGAAUUCAAUGUUUUAUCUAUUGCUCGCUCUCCUAUCUGUGCCUCGAUAUCAAACCAGACCGUGAUAAGACAAUGCUCAAAUGUCACAAAACGGCCUGGCCGCGCUGUCUGCGUAACGCAGGCGCCGUUUUUUGCAGGCGCGGCUUGGCCCAGCCCACUGCCAUCAUCAGUGACGUCACAUCACUCAUUCCCUUGGGAAAGCAACCGCCCAUCCAGCGCUCAAGUCACGAAGCAUACGUAAACAGCUCUGGCUACAAAUUGGCUUCGCAUCUAAUUCACUGUCGUCCACCGGCUGAUGCCGAAAUAAGUCAUCUUACAAACAUCCGCUCACUGGCGUAAUCCUACUAAAAUCUACAGUCCUCCUACUUUCACCAAACCCCCUUCACCGAGAUAUCUACCUAGCUCUAGACAUGGCGUCCAAUGAACCUCAAACCACAAACCUCGACUCCGAGAGCGAAACCGUAGGCUCCACAGCCUACAAGCUACAGCUAGACCAAGCCGCCAGAGACGCCAACGCGAAGCCCAAGAGCCCAGAGGCCAAGCCUGGCGACGCCCACCCCAUAGUGGAGACAGUGGCUCAGUACGUUCCAGCCGUCGGCAAGCUGCUGGCUGGCAGCAAGGGUGAGGUCAAGAAGCCGACCCCGUUCCCUCAGGAGAUUCCUGGCCCGCCCGAGCGUCCGGCCCACGACACCCAGAUCGAGGAGUUUGUCAGGGAUCAGCACAGGAGCAAGACGGAUGCGCUUCUAGAGGACAAGGUGCAGUGACGACCAUGACUCUCGUCUUGGGUGCGGAAGGUCUCCAGAGAAUGGAAAAUCAUAGAACUCAAGCCUAUUAUAUGUAAACUAGAGCACACGCAAGGUCAAACACGAUACUGUUUAGUAUCCUGUGAGGUUCUACUCAUAGCUUGUGCUCUGUAUUUACGCCAUGUUCCUUAUGUGUUCUACAUCUAUCUAGAUGAGGACGUGCCCGGGCAAACAAGACAAAUUUAGAGAUGGAAGAACAGCGCACCAAAUGCCAGAUGCUAUACAGACUUGCAAGAAUAGAACAAGAGUAGAUGAGUGGACUGAGAAAAC